GUUAAUUUAAACACAGUCGCUUAAUGAUUGUUUACGAGUUAGCAAGUGCUGCCAAGACUACGGACGAACGAACAUACACAGUAGAUUAAAUUUAUAACUCGACUUUAACAGUCAAAUUAUCCAACUAAUAAUAUGGCGCUGAAACAGUCGAGCGAGGAGACAGUGGAGGAAACAUCUGAAGAUCUGGUGAAGCCAGUGCCUGGGCAGUGGACGUCGAGGAAGUACCAUAUCGUGUACAGAAACCUGCUCACGUUUGGAUACGGCCAUAUCACGGCCUGUUACGGCCUUUAUCUGGCGGUCACAGAGGCUACCUGGAGUACUCUUUUCUUUAAUUGGGUGAUAUACGUGACUGCAUCCAUCGGCGUGACGGCCGGUGCUCAUCGCCUAUGGACCCACCGCGCCUACAAAGCCAAGCUUCCACUCCAGAUCCUGCUGAUGGUGAUGAACACACUGGCCUUCCAGAACACAGUCACCGACUGGGUGAGAGACCAUCGCUUGCAUCACAGGUAUAGUGACACAGAUGCAGACCCUCACAACGCAUCGCGAGGUUUCUUCUACUCUCACGUUGGGUGGCUGCUGGUGCGGAAACAUGACGAGGUGAAGAAGAGGGGCAGGCAGACAGACAUGAGCGACAUUCUUGCCAAUCCAGUUCUAAGGUUCCAGAAGAAAUACGCAGUCCCGUUCAUCGGUACAGUCUGUUUCCUACUACCAACAGUAAUACCGGUCUACUUCUGGGGGGAAACCCUUAAAGUCGCCUGGCAUCUGGCAAUACUGCGGUACAUCAUGAACCUGCACGGCACCUUCCUGGUGAACAGCGCUGCCCACAUCUGGGGCAUGAAACCCUACGAGAAGAACAUCAAACCUGCACAAAACCUGGCAGUCUCAUUCAUAACUUUUGGCGAGGGUUUCCAUAACUACCACCACACUUACCCCUGGGACUACAGAACUGCGGAACUUGGCAACAAUAUGCUGAACAUGACUACGCUGUUCAUUGAUUUCUUCGGGUGGAUCGGAUGGGCGUAUGACCUGAAGACGGUGGAUGACGAGAUUAUCAGGAGUCGCGCGAAGAGGACUGGAGAUGGUACCAACUCUUGGGGACAUGUUAAAACAGUGCUUUAAAAUAUUUUUUCGAUUGAACCAAGAAAAUAUGUUUAAAGAAACUCUUGUUUUUUCUCCUAAUUCUUGCCAAAAGGUUUUGUGGAUACUCUUCGGAAGAAAACUAUGGAAAUCUUCGAAUUAAUAAAGAUUAGAAUAGUGUACAAAUAUUUUUAUUUACUACUAGCUGACCCGGCCAACGUUAUUUUGUCAUAUAAAUUAUGUUUAGAGUUAGACCGUUUCUUGGAGAUAGCAACAUCACUUUAUUUGUUAAAAUAAAACUUUUUAUCUAAAAUAAAGUAGCCUAAGUUACUCCUUAUUACAUCAGCUACCUGCCAAUAAAAGUCCCGUCAAAAUCGGUCCAGCCAUUUCAGAGAUUAGCCGGAACAAACAGACAGACAGACAAAAAUUGUAAAAAAUAUACAUGUAAUAAAAAACAGACACUCCAAUUUUAUUUAUAUGUAUAGAUAGGGAGUGACAAUGACAUAACAUAUUGCAACAACACUUCGUAAACGUCAUGAAGAUACAUCAGUUGGUAAAGGGGACAAGAGGGAAAGAAUUGGUAAGAAACUACCAUCCAAAUGAUUUGAGUUUUCUUUAGUGUUAAUUCAGGCAAUAUUUGUCUUUAAACGUGACUGAGUCUCGUGCCUGAUUUUGGCGAGACAACACGUCCUGAG